CAACCUAAUCCCCCUUCAUGGGGUUUAUCUCGGAUCUCACACCGCGGUCCGCAUAAUUCUGGGAAUAACAAGUACACUUAUGACAAGAAUGAAUCUGGGCAAGGCGUAACUGCCUAUGUUGUUGAUACUGGUAUUAAGAUGAAUCACAACGACUUUAACACCAAUGGCAGAUCUCGUGCUGAAUGGAGAAUAACAAUCCCUAGUGGCGCUAGUGAUACUGACAAUCAAGGACAUGGCACGCAUGUUGCGGGCACUAUCGCCGGUACUAAAUAUGGUGUUGCAAAAAAAGCCACGGUUGUUGCUGUUAAAGUCUUCCCGGACGACUCGGGAACUACAGAUACUUCAACGAUUAUCAGGGGAAUCGAAUGGGCCGUAAAAGAUGCUCAGAAUCGAGGCAUUACAAAGACUGUUAUGAAUUUGAGCCUUGGAGGAGGAAUUAGUCCGACUUUGGACUCUGCUGUAGAAGCUGCAGUUCAAGCAGGAAUGGUUGUUGCGGUAGCAGCAGGUAACAAUGGUACAGAUGCUGGCAGUGUCUCCCCGGCCCGUUCUCCGCAUGCUCUAACUACAGGGGCAAUUGAUCAGACGGAUACAAUGCCUUGGUGGUCCAACUGGGGCCAGAUCCUUGACUUCAAUGCACCUGGGGUAAAUAUUGUCUCCUGUGGCAUUAGCAGUACAGAUGCCGAGGCAACCCUGAGUGGAACUUCUAUGGCCUCGCCACAUAUAGCAGGACUAGCUUCCUGCCUACGCCAGGAUCCUCAAUACGGUAACUUUCACCGGCUUGCAUAUAAACUACGCCUUCGUGCGGAAGGUGGAUGCAAGCCUUAUGCGGGGCAUGAAGUCGGAACUCCUAAUCUUGCUGCUGUUAACAAAACGGUUUAUUAA